CAAGAGAGGAAGAGGAAGUUAAAAAUAGUUGCUUGCACUCCCUCUCUCCCUCUCUCUCUGGGUUGUCGGAUCUCGCUCCCAAAAUUGCGCUAUAAUCAAUCUCGUCUUGACCCUAUCAGCCAUCUACCUCGUCCAACCAAUCGAUUCCCUUCUACACACUCUUCCUUCUCCAAAACGUGCUCUCUCAAUGGUGCGUGUACACGUCAUUUCAAUCCCUUUUGGUGAUCUCUGGCAAGGUCUUCCAGGUAUAACUGUUCUCUAUUCAAUCGAUCAAUCAACUCCAGCGUUUUUCUCACCUGAGUUCGCUUGAAUCUCCCAUUUUUAUCUCCUUAUUCUGAACUGAAGUUCAUUGUUGCAACUGGGUUGGAACUCUUGUGUUUCGUGGGUUGGUUUCAUAUGAUGGCAUGUUGCACACAUGUUUCAUGUUUUUCGUGAUAUCGAAUUUGUUUCGGUACUGUGCCUUGGUGUUUUCCGGAUGUCCACUUGUUUGUGUUUGAACUCAGAUCAGUUUGCUGGUAGAUUAUCUUCUUCCCUUACGUGAAUGCCAAUAUUUCAAGCAUCUGACUCGAAAAUAAUUGCCAAUAAGUGGAGAGGUCGCUCAUGUGCGGGUUUGGAGGUGAUAAUAUAACGGGUGUGGGAUAACGGACCAUAUCCUCUUUUGGAUAGCACUUGGUUGGCUUAAUUCAGAACCUAGAUACCAUGUUUUCCAAUUUUCUUUAUCAUUUUUUCGAUGUUCCCAGCUUUUGGUAGAUAGGAUCAUUUUGGUGAAUUGGGUGUUGGUACGAGACUUUGCCAAGGCUUUCAUAUUGACAGUUUGGUUGUUGCUAUCUGAAUUUGAUUGAUCCCCUGGGGAAAAAAAAAAUUUCAAGUUGUGGAUUUGAACAACUUGGUGGUUGUUUUUUUCACAUGGAGUACCUUCCGGUGGAAGUAAUUGGGAACAUAUUAUCGCGGCUAGGAGCAGCCAGGGAUGUGGUGAUAGCAUCUGCAACGUGUAGGAAAUGGCGAGAAGCUUGUCGCAAACACCUCCACACACUGUCAUUCAGUUCUGACGACUGGCCUGUCUAUCGUGAUCUCACAACCAGUCGGCUUGAGAUCCUGAUUACUCAGACCAUAUUUCAAACAGCAGGAUUACAAGGCCUGUAUAUUUUUAUGGAUGAUGUUGAUGAAUUUUCGGCUUCCACGGUUAUUGCUUGGCUCAUGUACACAAGGGAAACCUUACGUGAGUUGAUUUAUAACGUCCGCACUACUCCAAAUGUUAACAUUCUUGACAUAUGUGGGCGGCAGAGACUGGAAACAUUGGUCUUGGCUCAUAAUUCAAUCACAGGGGUUGAACCUUAUUACCAGAGGUUCCCCUGCUUGAAAUCCCUUUCUUUGAGUUAUGUUAGUAUCUCAGCAUUGGAUCUGAAUCUGUUGCUCACUGCUUGCCCUAAUAUUGAGAGGCUGACACUUAUCAAUCCUGAGAUUGCAAUGUCUGAUGCUCAGGUUACUGUUGAGCUGAAUAGUCCAACACUAAAGACCAUAUAUGUUGAAGCAAUUAGCUUGGACAAGUUCAUGUUGGAGGCUGAUAGCCUUGAGACUCUGCAUUUGAAAGAUUGUGCUCUUGAAGUUUUUGAACUCGUUGGAAAGGGGAGUUUGAAGCAUUUCAAGAUCGAUGAUGUUAGUGUUAUACAUCUUGAUAUUGGUGAGACUGUUGAAAAUCUUGAGAUCGUGGACGUCAGUAAUUUCACUAUUAUUUGGUCAAAAUUUUACCAAAUGAUCUCCAAAUCAUCCAAAUUGCGAAGGCUUCGGCUUUGGGAUGUGGUGUUUGAUGACGAGGAUGAGAUUAUUGAUUUGGAAACAAUUGCGCUGUGUUUCCCACUGUUAAGCCGUUUGUCGUUGAGUUAUGACUUGAGAGAUGGGCUGCUUCACUAUGGUUUGCAAGGCUCCUCUUAUUUGGAGAACGUGAUUGCAUUGGAGCUUGGAUGGACAGUAGUGAAUGACCUCUUCACGGAUUGGGUUUCUUGUCUGCUUAUACGGUGUCCAAAUCUUAAGAAAUUGGUCAUUCAUGGGGUUGUUUCAGAGGCAAAAACACAUGAAGAGUGCCAAAUGUUUGCAAAAUUUACUUCAUCUAUUGUGCAGCUUAUGAGGAAAUAUAUGCACGUAGAAGUGCACUUUGAAUAUGAAUAGAGAUACUGGAUGUUGCCUUGGUAGAGUAAUGGAUUCAAAUUCUUACUCUGUGAAUUAUAAAAGCACUUAGGCAGGUAAAUUUGUUGCUUGCGGAGCCCGAGGGCUGAGCCUUGUCUUGUGAUUAAAAGAUAGUGGAAAUUGUUUCUGUUUGGAUUAUUAAUGUCAUAGAAGGACGACUAUUCAUUUCAAAUUCAUAUCAUUCGGUUAA